AUAAAUAAUCUAAAGUGCUCUCAAUUUCUCAUUACAAAUUUUCAUCUCUAUAACCUGUACGGCGACGCCCCUACUCACGACACUGCUAGCAGCUCAAUGCUCCCUCGCGGUGUACCUUCCAUCUCUCUACUACUCACGGUGCUCUGCUCACUCCUAACAUCGCUUCUUAGUCUCCACACGGUUUAUUUCCGCCCUCCUAUUAGCAUUGGACUCUCUCUGACUCUUAAUGUUGGAAUCUUUCUCUCAGCAGACAUGCCUGUUGAACGUGCCUUCGACUUGUACACCAAGUUAGCGAGCAAGAAGAAAUCCCAUAGGCGCCAGUCUGGGGAGGGCUGCAGCAACCAGCCUGCGAAAAAGUCUCAAACAGACGACCCUCCCACGUCUACUCCAACGAGGGAGACAACUCCUCCACCAGCUCCUACCAGGGAGGCGACUCCUCUAACUCCAACAAACCCAGAUCUUCCAUCUCUGGUCGGACAGACUCCUCCUCCGGCUCCAGUCGACCCUACGCCUCCAACAUCCACCGUCCAGCAGUCAGCUGGUCAUCGGGAAGAAGCCUCAGGAGAUGACCUUACGGGCAUGGUGCUUAGCUCAGCCAAAGAUAGGCUGUCAAAAAUAACGAAGCACCGACGUAGCCGGGAGGCAAUCCAGGUGGCCAGCUCCAUGGGGGUCGACUAGGUCCUCAGCCGCGCUCUAAAUGAAGUGCUAGCUGGGUGCUUACCCUGACCUCUGGCUAGUGAUCUUCAAGGACGCAGAAUGCUCAGUUUGAGAAGAAACUCAGCAAUCAGCUCAGUGUUGCUGAGGCUCAAUACACCGAGCAACUCAAGGCGUCUGAG